AUGAACAACACCGACGGUUAUGCGCUUCUUAACGGCCCAGUUAAUCUCUAUCCGGACGAAGCGUCGCCGGAAUGGAUGAACAAAGGAGACAAUGGGUGGCAACUAAUAGCAACCACCAUGGUAGGCAUGCAAAGUGUGCCUGGCCUUGUGAUACUCUACGGGAGCAUGGUGAAGAAGAAAUGGGCCGUGAACUCAGCGUUCAUGGCCCUAUAUGCUUUUGCCGCGGUCCUAGUAUGUUGGGUCAUGUGGGCCCACAAUAUGUCAUUUGGUACAAAAUUUUGUUCAAUUUUGGGAAAGCCCGGUUUUGCCCUGAGCCAAAGUUUUAUCUUGUCAAAAUACGCCAGGCGUUAUAUUCCGAUGGCUGACUAUGUGUACUACCAAUUUGUUUUCGCCGCCAUUACUGUGAUUUUGCUUGGUGGUUCCCUCCUUGGGAGGAUGAACUUCUAUGCCUGGAUGCUGUUUGUGCCAAUGUGGCUCACCUUGUCUUACACCGUGGGUGCCUUUAGCAUUUGGGGGGGAGGGUUUCUUGAAAAGCACAUCAUUGAUUAUGCUGGUGGCUUUGUGAUCCAUCUUUCUUCUGGUGUGGCUGGUUUCACUGCUGCUUAUUGGGUAGGACCAAGGCAAGCGCAUGACAGGCAACAUUUUCCACCAAACAACAUAAUUCACAUGUUGGGAGGUGCAGGGUUUUUGUGGCUUGGAUGGACAGGAUUCAACGGAGGAUCUCCAUUUGCAGCAAACAUGAUCGCAUCUUUGGCCAUUUUGAACACUCAUAUCUGCACUGCCACCAGCCUUCUGGUGUGGGUUUCCCUUGACAUGCUGGUCUACCGGAAAAGCUCUGUGAUCGGUGCGGUCCAGGGGAUGAUCACCGGCCUCGUCUGCAUCACCCCUGGUGCAGGGAUUGUGGAGCCAUGGGCAGCAGUAAUAAUGGGAGCAAUGUCUGGCUCAAUACCUUGGUACACCAUGAUGAUAUUGCACAGAAGGUCAGCCUUCUUCCAAAGCGUCGACGACACUUUGGGGGCCUUCCAUACGCAUGCAGUAGCCGGCCUCUUGGGGGGACUCCUCUCGGGCUUCUUUGCCCGACCCAACCUUCUCCGAAUGAUGUACCCGGACAAUACAUACGGUCCUGGUUUAAUGUACUGCAUCCAUGAUGGGAAAACAAAAGUUGGCCUCCAACAAAUGGGGUACCAGAUCGGUGGAGCACUUUUCAUCAUCGUAUGGAACGCCGUUGUCACGAGCUUGAUAUGUAUUUUGAUCAGCCGCAUUGUUGAUCUUCGAAUGAAGGAAGAGGACCUCGACAUUGGUGACGAUGCUGCGCAUGGAGAAGAAGCCUACGCUCUGUGGGGAGACGGGGAGAAGAUGUCUACACAGAUUCGAUGGCAGAAUCCUCGGAUUCCUUCCAUUUGCAGACGGCAGGAGCAGAGUCUUGUAGCGGAAAUGUAAUAAGUUCAGCAGUACCUUCCCCCUUUUUUUAUCGUUCAAAGAAUGCAUGCCGCAACUCUCGUUGCUGGCUUCCAUUUCAGUUCAUCUUUUGGUUCUCGUCUGCAAAGUGCACAUGUUCAUACUUCAUACUGGUGAAGAAUGUAGC